AUGAUCACCGAAAUAACCCCCUACCACCGACGUCUCGUCGCCCAAGUCCCCGGUGCCAACGGCCGCAUCGCCGGCUCCCUGAUCUCAACCCCAACCGGCCCUUUAGUCUCAGCGGCAGCCGACGACACCAAAUACUACAUCUACUCCAGCAAAAGCGGCCAACAAUCCAGCGCCACCGCCCACGUCCUGACCCCCUCGGCCGCCACCAAAAACAUCGACACCUACCUCUCGCUUCUCCCCGACGAGGGUAUCACUCUCGCCGCCAAGCCUUCUGGCACCGACACAUCCGCUGUGUUGGAUGAGAGUGACAAGUGGGCGACUUGGUUUACGCAUUGGGAUGCCAACGGCGGUGGGAAUGGUAACGAAAGUCAGGUGUCGGUGGCGUUUGAUAAUGCCACCGAUCUGAAUAUUCAGUCUUUUUCCUUUCGUCUCGCCCUGAUCAACAAGGACAAUAAGGAGGUAGUCUUCACCUCCACCCCCGACACCCUAGCCUUCACCUUCGGCGCCGACCCGGUCUCUGGCCUCUCCCGCGUUCCGGCGCCGGGUAUGUUCGACGACGGAGCACCGCUUUAUUUCGGUCUCGACCCGGCCGCUACCACCACCGAUCCGACGGCUACCGUGGCUGAGUUGUUUGCGUUUGCUGGCUUAGGCAAAUUGUUGGACGGGUUUCCUAUCCAGGGCCUGGAUUUGGUGACGGCCACGUUGAAACGGAACAAGGCGGGUGAGAGACGGAAUGCGUUGUGGUUUAGUCCUGCGGAGCAGCUCAAGGGGACGAUGAGGGUGGAGUUUGAGCUGGAUGAGGCGAAAGUGCUGGAGGAUGUUUUGACGGCGGCGCUGCCGGGGUUGGAGUUCGCAGAGGGUGGGUUUACCGUCGCGGCGAAGAAAUUGAUGGUGCUUGGGGAGACGAGCGAGGGGAAGGGGCCGAUUGUGGCCGGGGAGGUGGAGUUUGGAGUCAAGUGUACGGUGGGAGGGGCGGGAAUGUUGUUGAGCUUGGUGGUGACGGAGGAUUGGGGAUUGGAGGUGAGUUUGAAGAUGGAGUCGGGGGAUGGGUUGGGGGGGAUUGUGAAGUGGUUGGUUGGGUUGUUGCCUGGGGAUGCGGGGAUGGAUGGGGUGGAGGGGAUUUUGGACAAUUUGUUUAAGGGGUGGAUGCAUUUGCAGAGGGUGAAGGUGACGGUGGAUGUGGAUGAUGAUGGCAAACCGUCGCUGGCGGGGGUGCGCGUGGAGAUUGAGGUCUCGGGGGACUUUGGCCAGGGGAGUAACUUGAGCAAGAGACCGGCUUUUUUGCUUGGGUACAACUGGUCGGCGGAGUUGGGGGGGAUGGGGUCCAUUAACGGUGAUUUUUGGACUUGGUUCGACACGGACGGAAACCGCGUGCUAGACCCCUACUACAGCGAGGCAGAGGACAUCCAACCCUUCACCACAUCACCUGCCACAGAGAUCGACCUAACCACCCUCAUCCCAAACCACACCAUCGACAACAUCCCCGCCAACGUGCCCACCAAGAUCACCACCGCCGGCCUCUACCUCUCCCAAACCCAAUUCUCCUUCCGCACCACCAUCCAGUCCCAACAAUCCACUGCCGGCGAGCAGGCCUCUACCGUCCCCCAAGUCGACCUCGGCCGCAUCAACCUCGCCGCCCAAUUCGACUGGGACAAACGAACCACCUUCCAACUCCAACUCGGCAUCAUGGCCAUCCUCACACCCAGCACCACCUCCAAACACCAGACCUCCGCCAUCCUCUCCGGCUCCCUCGACUACGACUCCGCCAACAAGUCCUGGGCCCUCAAAGCCUCCCUCCGCAACCUGUACGCCUCCACGCUCUGGGAGUUCUUCGACAAAAACUCGGUCGAUCACGUGAUACCCUUGAUCGACUCCCUCGAGAUUGAUCACCUGACGCUGGACUACACCUACACCGGCAACCAGUCGGCCCCGGGGUUGCAGGGCAAGUCGGUCGGCACGCACUUUGCCUUUGACGGACUCAUCUUCGUCGCCGACCUGGCGCUGAAACUCGAUUUCACCUUUGACGACGGGAAAGGUUGGAAGUUCACGGCCUCGCUGAAGGCCCAGGAUAAAGAGGCCACGCUUGGUGAUAUCCUUGACGACAUGCUCGGCGACAGCGCCCCGUUGGACUUGCCCCCGUUCAUAGCCGACACCAAGAUCAACGGGAACAACAACGAGGGCGGGAUCCACCUCGCCGUAGAGAAAACCACAGGCGACGAAGAAGGCAUCCAGUUCAUGGGCUCCGUCCAGAUCGGCGAGCUAGCCCUCGUCCUUGCACAACUCCACCUCAAGAAAUGGGACCCCAAGCUCCCCCCCAAACGCCUCGUCAAGUUCGGCCUUGUCGGCCUGCCCGAGGUGGACCUCCCACUGAUCGGCAAUUUCGCCCAGCCGUUUGAUGAGCUGUAUGUGAUGUGGGUGCAGGACAAGACGGGGCAGAACAAGAACAAGGCCACGCCCGGGUUGACGCGGGCUGAGAUUGAUGUGCUGAACAAGACGCUGAGCUUGACGGGACACCCGCUCGUGGCGAAGGAUAGGAAUCAGACCAAGGACGCCGGGGAUGUGUUGAUCUCGGCUGGGUCGCACUUUGCGGUUGUGACGAAGAGUCAGCAGGGUGAGCGGACGUGUGUGUUGGAUUAUGAGUUUAAGAAGGCAAAGCCGAAGCAGCAGAAGUCGGUGACGGGAGGGGGAGAGGAGGAAAAAGAAGAGGAAAAGGAAAAAGGAGACCCGCCAGCAGAGCAAGACUCCGACGGCACUUCCUCCACCGCCCCCUUCAAAAAGAAGUCCGGCCCCGUCCAAAUCAACAACAUCGGCCUCGAAUACGCCAACAAAACCCUCCACAUCAAAUUCACCGCCACCUUCGAACUCGGCCCGCUCGCCUUCAGCCUCAUCGGCUUCCGCCUCAACAUCCAAAUCACCUCCCUCGCCCUCUCCGGCAUCCAAAUGCUCCUCCCCACCCUCGAAGGCCUCGCCGCCUCCUUCGAAAAACCCCCCCUCACCCUCGCCGGCCUCAUCCGCCACGGCAAAUCCAAAGACGGCCUCGACUACUACGCCGGCGGCAUCAUCGUCGGCUGGGUCCCCUACCAACUCCAAGCCGCCGGCUUCUACGGCGAGGCCCUCCCCGAGGGCGGCCAAAAACCGCAAGACAUCUUCCGCUCCGUGUUUGUCUUUGCCCGUCUCGACGGCCCGCUCGUCACCCUCGAAUUCGCCGAGAUCUCCGGCGUCACAGGCGGGUUUGGGUAUAACUCGGAAGUGCGCGUGCCGACAGCAGACCAGAUCGUUAAUUUCCCCUUUGUCAAAUCCACCUCCCUCAGCGGCGCCACCGAGAGCGCCAUCACCACCCUCGAACGUCUCACCAGCCCAGCUUCUGACGGCUGGUUCCACCCCCGCGGCGACACCUACUGGGCGGCGGCCGGCAUGAAAAUCGAUGCCUUCCAGAUGAUCAGCCUAGACGCCGUAGCGGUAAUCCAAUUCGGCCAGUCCAUCAAAAUGGGUCUCUUCGCCGUCGCCUUGGCCGACAUCCCCACCUCCGCCUCCAAAGUUAAAUUCGCCCACGUGGAACUCGGCCUCGCCGUCGUCAUCGACCUCGAUUACGGCACCUUCCGCGCUGAAUCCCAGCUCUCCCCCAACAGCUACAUCCUCGACCCCAACUGCCACUUGACGGGUGGUUUCGCACUCUGCUACUGGUUCGACGCCCCCCACGCCGACCGCUCCCUAAUCGGCGACUUCGCGUAUUUCGCCAUCACCCCGAAAGCCUGCAUGGGCGGUGGACGACUGCACGCAGCGUUCCACGCGGGGCCGAUCGAGGCGUGGUUUGAUGCGUUUGCGGAUUUCUUGAUCAACUACAAGCCGUUCCAUUUCCUAGCUGAGGCGGGGGUGAGUGUGGGGGUGAGGUUUAACUUGGAUGUGUGGUUGAUACAUAUCCAUAUCUCGGUUGAGGUGGGCGCGGAUCUGACGUUGUGGGGUCCGCCGAUGGCUGGGACCGUGCAUGUUGAUAUUAAGGUGCAUAAGUUUGAUAUCAACUUUGGGAGUGGGUCGGAGGAGAAGGGCCCGGCGGAUUUGCUUGGGUUUUAUCAUCUUGUUUUGCAGGCCAGCAGCAAGACAGAUCCCAAGAAGGCGAAGUCCAUUGCCAGAGAAGCACGAACUCCCACUCCCGGGUUUAACCCACGGAUCGUCGAGCUCGACGACAGCGGAGAACCCCUCUCUGUGCUUGCAGCCGACGCCGACGACGACGACGACACCGGCCCGCCCAAACCCAACGAAGGCCACACCUUCCUCGCCCAAACCGGGCUAAUGAACGACACCGACAAGCCCGAGCGCUCCCAAAACCAGACCUGGACCGUCCGCGGCGGCACGUUCUCCUUUGUGCUUGGAUGCAAGAUGGCCAUUGCCAAGGCGGAGCAGGUCGACAGCCACGGGAAUGUCAUCCCCGACGACCCCGACUCGGGCGGGAACCCGGUGGUGGAGUAUACGGAUAAUGCUAUUCAUGCCCGGCCUAUGCAUCUCGGUCAGGGGGAUGUGUUGGACUCGUCGGUCACGAUUAGUAUCACGGAGGUGGAUAGUGAUGAUCCGCCGAGGGCGUGGCCGAUGGAGAAGUUUGUUAAGAGUGUGCCGACGGGGUUGUGGGGUGUUUACGACGCCUCCCUCGACCCCAAACAAAGCGGCAACAACAUCACCACCCUCCUCAACCCCAACGACGGCGGCAUCCCCCUCAUGAUGGGCGUGCUCCUGACCGGUCCACCGCCCACCAUGUCCGAGGACAAACUGCAGACCUUCAUCAUCCUCGACGCCGACCGGGUGGAUCUCGAUGCGAAGAAACUGUUCCCUGCCGUGACGCUUGCUAGUGGGGAUUGGGUUGGGAUUGUGGAUCCGCCUGAUGCGGGUACGCCGAAGCAGUGGGAGGAUGUGAGGAAGGCUUGGGAGACGCCGGCGUGGGAUCAGGCUGCGGAGGAGGUUGAGGCGGCUGGUGCUGCUGGCGCUCCGGUGGAGGGUGAACCGGAGGAGGUAGAGGAGGCCGAGAAGACCGAGGAAGCGGGAGAGGAGCCCAGCAGCUGCCGGACGCAGUUUGUCAAAUCGUGGGCCGAGGCGUUUGGUUGGGACACCGCGCUGGCUGGGUUGGCCGGGAUGCCGUCGCUGCUGAACAAGCGGUUUGAUAAUUUGUAUGUUGCCGCUCCGCUGUUGACUAAGUAG